AUGACGGUCCCUGGAAAAUUGGAAAAUGUUAAGUAUUACAAAGAAGUGUUACAAAGUAGAUCCAAUUGUAUUCAUAUCCUACAGAUCCCCCAGAUCCAGAUCCUACAAAUUCCAGUAAACUACAUACGAAGUUCGGCUAAUAAGGAAACUGGGACUACCGAUGAUGAGUCAAAAAUUGGUAACAAAUCUCCCGGCGGUGCGCAUUUUGUAAAGCAAACCCGGGCUCUCUCGCACUGUUGCUCUGCUGCUUGCAGGAGCUACUCAAAGUUUAGUACACACCUGAGCACGGAACGGGCGAUGGAACUUCUAUGUAACCUGGAUGAGGAUGAGCGUUGUAAUCUGCGUGAUGCUCUGGGAAAGAUUGAUGAUGAAAAAAAGAAAAAGCUCUUUAAAAUGAAGUCUGCAGCCCCACCGUCCGCCGGCCAAUUGUACAGCAUCUUUUUUGUAAAUGCUGUACCGUUUAUCGCCUUUGGUUUUCUGGAUAAUUUUAUUAUGAUAAUAGCGGGUGAAUAUAUUGAGCUCUCUUUGGGCCAGGUUGUGGCUAUUUCCACAAUGGCAACCGCUGGUCUGGGCAAUACCAUUAGCGACAUUAUGGGAAUAACAUUAGCCACUUACGUUGAAAACGGAUGCCAAAUUUUAGGUCUUAAACAGCCCAUGUUAACUCCUGCGCAAUUUGAUCUUAAGUCUAGCAAGCGAGCCACAAGUUUCGGCCGAAUUAUUGGCAUCACUGCCGGUUGCCUACUUGGUAUGUGCCCAUUAUGGUUUAUGGACGAGAAGGCAGAAAUAGUAGAUGACAACUAGGAUUAUUGUACAUUUCAUAAAACAAAAAUAGUAAUUUAACCUAAAAUAUUAAAACCCAUGUUAUAAUGAAAAUUUUACCAUUAAUGUAGUGCUAAAACCAAAACAAAAAUUAAAUGCGUGGCACACCCUUUUAGAAUUGA